GCUUGCACUCUCUCUCUCUCUCUCUAGAAACCCAUUAGUGCCGGCCCAAAUUCUCUCUCUCAUGAAUUCCUGUCAACGGAAAAUUGGUGUGAUCUCCCCAAUCAAUUAGAGAACAAGAUCGACAUUGAGCAGAACCAGAAAUGAGUGUGAUCGACAUUUUAACUCGAGUCGACUCGAUCUGCAAGAAAUACGACAAAUACGACGUCGACAAGCAGAAAGACCAAAAUGUCUCCGGUGACGACGCCUUCGCUCGUCUAUACUCCGCCGUCGAAGACGAAAUCGAUGCCGCUCUUCAGAAAGCUGAGGCAGCCUCUAAGGAGAAGAAUAGGGCAUCUGUAGUGGCGAUUAAUGCGGAGAUUCGUCGCACCAAGGCCAGGUUGGUAGAGGAGGUCCCUAAAUUGCAGAGAUUGGCCAUGAAAAAGGUCAAAGGGCUUUCGACAGAAGAAUUUGCCGCCCGCAAUGAUUUGGUUCUUGCACUACCUGAUAGGAUUCAAGCCAUACCAGAUGGGACUGCAGGUGCACCUAAACAAACUGGAGGCUGGACAGCUUCAGCUUCUCGUACAGAAAUCAAGUUCGAUUCAGAUGGACGGUUUGAUGAUGAAUAUUUCCAGCAAACCGAAGAGUCAAGUCAAUUUAGGCAAGAGUAUGAGAUGCGGAAAAUGAAACAGGACCAAGGUUUGGAUGUCAUAGCAGAAGGUUUGGAUACAUUGAAAAACAUGGCCCAUGAUAUGAACGAGGAAUUGGAUAGGCAAGUUCCUUUGAUGGAUGAGAUUGACACUAAGGUGGACAGGGCAACAUCUGACCUAAAGAAUACCAAUGUUAGACUUAAGGACACUGUUAACCAGCUGAGAUCGAGUCGAAAUUUCUGCAUCGAUAUUAUCUUGUUGUGUAUAAUACUGGGCAUCGCGGCCUAUUUAUACAAUGUAUUGAAGUAA